AAAAAAAUACAAACCCCUUACGCUCCUCUCUCGAAGCACGCUUCUCUGCCCCCAGCUCUCUCGCUUUUCUAUUUCUUCCGCCAAUAGAAACGGCCACGCGCCGCCAUUUUUUCUAUUUAUUUUCUUAAAAAUACGCACACGAAUACGUGUAAAUAUACGUACACCAAUGAAAUUGCUAUGUCUUAAUAACGCAACGAAGCAAAUCUAGUAAACCCCUCCCGCAAAACCAAUGUACGGAGGUUCCUCGAAGCUCGGCCGCGGAGGAGGCGGCGGCCGUGGGGGAGGAGGUCCUCGGAAUCGCUCUUCAUUCCCUCCGCCACCACUGCACCGUCCUUCUUCUGCCGCCCCAUCUGGCAGGCUCUCCCUUGGAUCCGCCCCUCGCAACCGCCCCGGUAUGGGGAGAGGUUUGGGGCCCGGACCGGCUGUGGAAGAGAGUUUUUCGCUUGUUUCUGGAAACAAUCCAUUGGCUUUUGCUAUGAUUAUAAGGUUGGCGCCAGAUUUGGUGGAGGAGAUCAGGCGGCUUGAGGCUCAAGGAGGGACGGCCAGGAUUAAAUUUGAUUCAAUUCCUACUAAUCCUACUGGGAACGUCAUUGAUGUUGGUGGCAAGGAGUUUAGAUUUACAUGGUCACGGGAAUUUGGUGAUCUAUGUGAUAUAUAUGAAGAAUGCCAAAGUGGUGAAGAUGGAAAUGGCUUGCUUGUUGAAUCUGGGUGUGCAUGGCGCAAGUUGAACGUUCAACGCGUCUUGGAUGAGUCAACAACGAACCAUGUUAAGAUGCGGUCAGAGGAAGCUGAACGCAAGCAUAAGUCACGCAAAGCCAUUAUAUUAGACCAUGGAAACCCUUCUAUGAAGAAUCAAAUCAAGCAACUAGCUGCUGCUGAGGCUAGUCCAUGGAAGUCGCACUUUAAAAAAAAGGAGCCUGCUUUUAAGAAGCGAAAAGUUGAGACACCUCAAGCUGCAGUUGGAGGCCCUCCAAGAUCUGGCUAUAAAUCUGGAUUAAUUUCAACUGCUAGUGCAAAAGUAAGACGCUCAUCUUCGCCUUUACCAUCUCCACCUGAGCGCUCUGGUGCUGCAGCAUCUCCUAUUGGAAUUGGAAAUAUCACCAAGAGUCAUGCAAGCAUUGAGGAUGUUAUGCCUCCCUUGGUGAAGAGCAAAGAAAAUGCGUUCAGCUCUGAGAAAGAAAUACCAACCAGGGCUACUAGUGCAGUGCGUGAGAUACCAGGGUGCAGAGGAAACUUUGGACCUAAGCCAAUGGACUUGCAGAGUCUGCUGAUCAGUCUACUGAAAGAGAAUCCCAAGGGAAUGAGCUUAAAGGCCUUGGAGAAAGCUGUUGGGGAUACAAUUCCAAACUCUGAACGAAAGAUUGAGCCCAUUGUAAAAAAAAUUGCAACUUUCCAAGCUCCAGGAAGAUAUUGGUUGAAACCAGGAGUGGAGUUGGAAUGCUUGAAGAACCCUUUGUCUGAAAGUGGAAGUUCACCUGAAGAUAACCAUCACCAGACUCCAGCUCCCGAAGAAAACCAUGAUCUGGCACCUGCUUCAGUACCAAGCUUGGUGGAGAAAGUUACUCACGGUGAAAUGGAGGAACAGACUCAUUUAGAUGCUAAACUUGGGGUAGAACCAAAUGUGUUAGAACAAAUUGACAUCCAACAACAUUCACCUAAUUUUGGUGGUGAGAGAAAAGCUCCUGACAAUAGUGAGGGGCCAGCAAAUAGUGCUAGUGACAGUGGCAGUGAUAGUGAUAGUGACAGUGACAGCAGUGAUAGUGGAAGUGACAGUGGAAGCCACAGCAGGAGUGGAAGCCCGGCAGCAAGUGGGAGCGGUGGUAGCAGUGAUAGUGAGAGUGAUGCUUCUUCUUCCAACAGCAAGGAAGGGUCUGAUGAGGAUGUGGAUAUAAUGACAAGUGAUGAUGACAAAGAGAACAAGCAGGAUUUACAGACCUUUGAACCAGGACUGUUGACAUCACCUAUACCAUCACAAACUGAACAUGGCAGGCCCCUGCAGAAUGGGAUGGAUGAAAAUCAGGAUGGUGAUGGAUCUGAUGCAGUUGAUAUUGAAGGCAAUGGAUCAGAUGCUGUUGACAGUGAGAAAGACUUGCCUGAAGAUGAACAGGAAAUUGGAAUGGCUGUCGAUACUAACAAAGGCGAGAAACCGGAGGAAGGAACAAAACCCUCUUCAUCUGAUCAUGAUGAACUCCAAGAGCAUCAAAAUUUCAUAGGAAAUCUGUUUGAUGAUAUGGAAAAUAUUAAGCAUAGCAUCAGCCAUGAACAAUCUGAUAACUCUGAGAAGUUACACAAAGAUAAAUCUAAAAGAGUAUCUGAUCUGAAGCACUUUGAUGAGAAGUCUGAACGUUCUAAAAGAUUGAAGUCUGAAAGCAUGUCUCAACCUCCUGUUUCUGGGAGUAGAGAUUCAGAUUUCUUUCACAAUUUUUCUCCUGGUAGACCCAUAGAUGAGCCUUACCAAAGCUCUUCUGUUCAAAUGAUGAAUAAAGGUGACAGAGAAGAAAUUGCUGAUUUUGGCUCUCAAAAGGGAUACAAUCAGGUGUUUCCCAGAAAAACGAGUUCAGAUUUUCAUCAAUUUGGUCGUAGGCCAUCUGAUCAAGGUACUACGGCAAAAGCUAGUAAUACAGCAGAAAGGCCUAUAAAACAUACCAAGAGCUCUGGACAUGGUAGUAAGUUCUCUGAGAAGAAUGUGCAUGAAGGUUAUUUAAUCCAAAAGGAUAACCCUUCUAGGGACAUUCAAAAUGAGGAUGGCUUAAUUAAGGAAAAAAAGUUAGUGAGAAAUCCCAGGGAAGGUGGUGCUGGAGGUAAAACUGCUGUGCCCUCUGAUUUCCAUCACAGGAAACAUGCUGAGAUUGUUGGAAAGAUCAAGGACACUGAACAAAUUUCUAGCUCAUAUAUUAAUUCUUCCCCAAAGGAUAACAGCAGGAUCACUGCAGAUAGAUAUCCUGCUAAUGGGAAAAGCAGUGUUCUCCAAAGAGAGCUUUCACACUUGGAGUUAGGUGAGAUCCGUGAGCAGGUUGAGGAAACUUCAAUAAAGAAGCAAUUUGAGAGAAAAAGUUCCUUUAAACAGUCAGGUAGUAGACCAGGCACCUCAGAGAACUUUAAUCCAGAUAUAAGCAGGGGCAAACCCGUCGGGAAGACAAAAUGGGAUUCAGGAAAGUCAUCUCCACCCCACCUAAGCGAGCUUAAAAGAACCCCAGAGCAUCAUGUUGAAGAUUUAACAAGAUCGCAUCAGAGGUUUGUGCAGUCUCAGCAGCAACAUCUCUCAAGAGUAGACCAUCCAGAAGUUGGGUCCCAGUGUAACAAAUUGGCAGAUACGAGUGGUAAAACCAGACAAACUGAAAUUGGUGCAAAACUGGGAGUUGGCCCGGAGAGUUAUGGUGAAAGCCAUAAGAAAGCACCAGCCAGUGCCCCACAACAGCAGGAAUCUAAAAGGGGAUCAGUUUCCCAUUUCAUGAAGGAAAGUAAAAUGCCAACAUCUAAUAAAAUGGUGGAUGUGACUGAUAUGCGUAAGGAUACAAUUUUGACAGAGGGCAAUAUAAAUGGUCGAAAGAAAAGGGGGUCUUUUCCUGAUGAAGACUGUUCCCCUUAUUCUAAGUAUGAAAAGGAUGAGCCAGAGCACAGGGGUCCAAUCAAGGAUUCAUCUCAGUAUGAAGAAUAUAUGAAUGAGUUUCGUGAAAAAUAUGAAUCUUACAAAGACUUGGACAAGAUCCUACAGACCUACAGGAAUGACUUCGAAAAGCUGGGUAAAGACCUCGAAUAUUCGAAAGAUAGGGACAAGGAGAAAUAUUAUAAGACCUUGGAGCAAAUGCAGGAGUCUUAUCACCAGUGUGGAAUGAGACAUAAAAAACUCAAGAAAAUAUUUGUUGUGCUCCACUUUGAACUGAAGAACCUUAAGCAGAGGCUUGUAGAGUACGCUCAGUCAUUUUCAAUGGAUUGAUAGUGAAUUAUUCCAAACUUCUUAUCCAACAGUCUGGAUCGUCUUUGCUCAUACCUAAGCUGCAAUCAGCGAAACCUAUUUCACCAUUGCCUUGCAGGGCAGUCAUUCUUGCAACAGUGAUGUGUUGCUUAGCUAAAUUCAGAUUGGAGUUCUUGCAAAUGGUUAUAAAGGUGAUAAGAUCGUGUCACAUUCUGAUCCAUGGUACAAAAGGGAUUGAAGGUGCAAUGUGUAAUAGGCUCUACCCAAACUGGGUGUGUAUAAGGUGUAGAAUUUUGGCUUUUGGCCCCCAAUUUUGUUCUAGAUUCUUUUGACAGCUUGGUUUAAUCUUGCUUGCAACCAACAAUUUACUUCAAUGUGUAUACAAAUGGUUGGAAAAAUAAAAAGAAAAAAAAAAGUUGUUCACCCAUUGUCUAGACUAGAGAAAAUAUUUAGUACAAUGCAAUUUUGCCCCUGCAACAAAAUGGUUUAAUAAUGCCAGAAACGCAUUUAUGGCUGCAACCUGCCAAUCCGCCACUUUUCUUGUUGAGUGAAUGGGUAUUAAGGUAUAGCAUGUCAAAAGCAAAUAUGCAAACUUGGGCAUUUAUGUCAUACACAGCCAUAGUUUUGCUCCUUCGAGUACAAAAAAUCUGGAAGGGAAGAAUUUCUUGUUUGUCACGGUCAUAAGCAACAAUUUCACAGUCCGAAACAAGUGUUUUGGUAAGGACUUCUU